GUUCCAACUGCGCCUGCUUCCCAGGGAGGUGGAGAGACGCCAGCCCGCCCCUUUUCCGCCAAGAUCGAGAUGGCGGCGACGGUGAUCUUGGAGCCCGCAGGCCGCUGCCUCUGGGACGAGCCCGUGCGCAUCGCCGUGGGCGGCCUGGCCCCGGGGCAGCCAGUCACGCUGCACGCGUCCCUGCGCGACGACAAGGGCGCGCUCUUCCAGGCCCACGCGCGCUACCGCGCCGACGCCGAGGGCCAGCUCGACCUGGAGCGCGCGCCCGCGCUGGGCGGCAGCUUCGCGGGGCUCGAGCCCAUGGGGCUCCUCUGGACCCUGGAGCCCGAGAAGCCGUUGCUGCGGCUGGUGAAGCGGGACGUGCGGACGCCCUUUGCCGUGGAGCUGGAGGUGCUCGACGGCCACGAGCCCGAGGCCGGUCAGCUUCUGGGCCGGGCGGUGCACGAGCGCGACUUCCUGGGGCCCGGGGUGCGGCGGGAGGCGGUCCGCGCGGGCGGUGUGCGCGCCACGCUCUUCCUGCCGCCAGGACCCGGGCCCUUUCCUGGGAUUGUAGACAUUUCUGGAGCUGGAGGUGGCCUUCUGGAAUAUCGAGCUAGUCUGCUGGCUGGGAAGGGUUUUGCUGUGAUGGCUCUGGCCUAUUACAACUAUGAAGACCUCCCCAAGGGCAUGGAGACCCUCCACUUGGAGUACUUUGAAGAAGCUGUGAACUACCUGCUUAGUCACCCUCAGGUAAAGGGUCCAGGAGUUGGGCUGCUUGGGAUUUCCAAAGGGGGUGAUCUCUGCCUCUCCAUGGCCUCGUUCCUGAAGGGCAUCACUGCCACCGUCAUAAUCAAUGGCUCUGUGGCCAAUAUUGGUGGAGCCUUACACUACAAGGGGGAGACCCUGCCUCCUUUAGGCAUCAACCCAGAGCGCAUCAAGGUGACUAGAGAAGGCCUUGCAGACAUUUUGGAUGCCCUGAACAGCCCUUUGGAAGGACCUGACCAGAAGAGCUUCAUUCCUGUGGAAAGGGCUGAGAGUGCCUUCCUGUUUCUUGUAGGUCAGGAUGACCACAACUGGAAGAGUGAAUUCUAUGCCAUUGAGGCCUCUAAACGCUUACAGGCCCAUGGUAAGAAGAAGCCCCAGAUCAUCUGUUACCCAGGGGCAGGGCACUACAUUGAGCCUCCUUACUUCCCCAUGUGCCCAGCUUCCAUGCACACCUUGGUGGGCCAUCCUGUCAUCUGGGGAGGGGAGCCCAGGGCUCAUGCCAUGGCCCAGGUGGAUGCCUGGAAGCAGCUCCAGACUUUCUUCCACAAACACUUGGGUGGGGAAAAGGAAACAAUCUCAGGAAAACUGUAAUCUUUUAUUUGAUUGUGGGACAUCUCUGAUGCUAAUCAGUCCUGGGAAGAGCUGCCACAACUGGUGUGUAUGUGUAGUUUUUUUCUUUUUAAUAAUGACUUAGAGUUUUGUUCCCAUCACUUUUAAAACAAACUGACCA